UGACAUUGUUACCAACCUCAAAAUCACGAUAAUAGACGCAACAGACAUUUUAGAAAUCGGCAAUUUUACGCGAAAAAAGGAGUUUUACCUCACGACAGAAAACACCAAUUGACUUCCUUUGAGUGGAUAUUCGUUUGUGACAGGUCUGACCCUCUGAAAGACGAACUGGAUCGAGUCGAAAUUGAUUCGAUUGUAAAGUAAUCGUUUGAAAGGUCGAAAGUGAGGUUACCUCCUACACUUUAAAACAGGAAAAAAUGAUUCCAAUGGGGCCUUCAAUUGGCCAUGGAAUCCAUUCCGGUCAACAUCCCAGUCAUGCUGCUCCGCAGCAAAAUGCACCAACCGGUCCAAACACAUUAUCGUCGUCGAAUCAGUCAAAUAAAUCCACUGUUGUGAAGCCCUCGAAUUACACACUGAAGUUUACGCUAGCUGGACACACGAAAGCUGUUUCCGCUGUCAAAUUUAGUCCGAAUGGAGAAUGGCUCGCCAGUUCAUCUGCCGACAAAUUAAUCAAAAUCUGGGGAGCAUAUGACGGUAAAUUUGAGAAAACAAUCACCGGACACAAAUUGGGUAUCAGCGAUGUGGCUUGGUCUAGUGAUAGCCGCUUACUGGUCAGUGGUAGCGAUGAUAAAACGUUGAAAAUUUGGGAACUCAGCUCGGGUAAAUGCUUGAAAACAUUAAAAGGACACAGCAACUACGUGUUCUGCUGCAAUUUCAAUCCACAAAGCAACUUAAUUGUUUCGGGAAGUUUUGACGAAAGCGUUCGAAUAUGGGACGUCCGAACUGGGAAGUGUCUGAAAACUCUUCCAGCUCAUUCAGAUCCCGUCAGUGCCGUUCAUUUCAAUCGGGAUGGCUCGUUGAUUGUUUCAUCGAGCUAUGACGGACUGUGCCGUAUAUGGGACACAGCGAGUGGCCAGUGUUUGAAGACACUAAUUGAUGAUGAUAAUCCGCCGGUAUCAUUUGUGAAAUUCUCACCGAAUGGGAAAUACAUUUUGGCUGCCACAUUGGACAACACAUUAAAAUUAUGGGACUAUUCGAAGGGAAAAUGUCUGAAGACUUACACGGGCCAUAAAAAUGAGAAAUAUUGCAUUUUUGCCAACUUCUCGGUGACCGGAGGAAAGUGGAUCGUAUCCGGCAGCGAGGACAACAUGGUUUACAUAUGGAAUUUACAGAGCAAAGAAAUUGUACAACGUUUGCAGGGACACACCGACACUGUAUUGUGUACGGCCUGCCAUCCAACCGAAAAUAUUAUUGCAUCGGCAGCACUUGAAAAUGACAAAACGAUUAAACUGUGGAAGAGUGACACAUAAAAAACAGAAUUGCAAAAUGCAAGAGAGUGGACGCAACAAAAUUGAAAUUCCUGUUUGCGAUUUGGAAUGUGCGAUUAAACAUAAGGAAUUUACUAAA